CCAUUUUUUCUCACUUCCACUACCUUCACACAUCCCUUAAUCAUUAUUUCUCCUCCAAAAUUUGCUCCAAACCUUCUUGAAGUAUUCAAUUAAACAAAAACAAAGAAAAAAUAUGGCUUCUUUUGGUAAACCAAGAUCUAUUUCAAGAGUUUCAUUUUAUGCUGGAUGUGAAGAUCAUUACAAUCAUGAACAAUCUCAUUUUCUUGAUUCUUGCUUUUUUUGCAACAAAUCAAUUAAACCCAACAAAGACAUCUUUAUGUACAGGGGGAAUACACCAUUUUGUAGUGAUAAUUGCAGGCAAGAACAAAUAGAGAUAGAUGAAGCAAAUGAUAAACCUAGGAAAUAUUCAGCUUCAUACAGAACUUUAAGAAAAGCUGACACACCUACAAAAUCUGGGUCUAAAAAAGCUGUACAAACUGGAACUGUUGCUGUAGCCUGAAAUAUUACCACAUAUUCCCCGUUCUAUAAUAAAAGAGAGAAAUGUUUCGCUUAUUAUGAAGCGGAGGAAAUACUAUAUAUAGAUUUGAGAUAAACUCUCCUCAAAUCUUGCUAUCUUUUUUACCCUGAUUUCUUCCUAAACAAUUGGGAAAAUUUCAUGCAGUGACUAAAAGUUGGAAGGAGAAUACUCAGAAAAUGUAAAAGAAAAAAAAAUCCUAUGAUUUUGGUGUGAUCUGCUAUAAAACAAGUACAUAUGUACCUUCACAAAGUGAGGGAAAAAUGUAUGAGAUAAUCAAGGAAAAGAGAAGUAAGUGAGAGAGUAAAAUUUUGUCCCUAAGUUUCUUUUCCUUUCUUUUUGUGAAUGAAUGUUUUUUGAGUUUGAUGAACAAAUUAAAAGCUCAUAGAUUUUGUGAUCUA